AUGGACAAUUGGACGUCAGCAGCACCUCGGAAUUGCCUUGGCAAGGGAAGGGAGUUCCGCCAAAAAGCUGCAAGUCACAAGUUAUUCAGGUCGCAGGUUCCUCUUAUCUUCGAAAUCUGUUCUCAAUUUCGUCGUCUGCUGAUCACGCCACGAGCGUGUGAAUCGAUAUCCACAGGCGCAACAACGAUGGCGGUCAGGUCGUUAUCUCGUGCGAGUCACGCCAUUCAAGCAUCCAAGCUUUCCUCUCCCAUUCUCGGGUCGCCUCUACAACAAAGCGCACCAGCGCGCGUGCGAGUUAAUCGUCUUUACCCGUCCGGCAGACAAGAGAGCCGCGUCGUCACGCGCGCAGCUUCCACCAGCGGAACACGAACGUCGCGCCGCUCAGCGCCCUCCUCGUCCUCCUCGUCUCCCUUCAACGCCUUCAAUGGCACAGCCACCAUGACCGACGCGCAACGACAAGAAUUCGCCCGAGAGCGCGCGCAGCAGCUGGUGCGGCUGAUGGAGGACAUAGUGGGCGUGGCCGUGAAAACCGGGCCUCGCGGCGCCACGCGCUUCGUGCAGGGCGUGCAGGCCGUCGCUGCCGUCGGCUCUGACUGGCUGCUGCAGCAGAUUCAGGCAGUGCAGCAGCAGCAGCGCCUGGCCCCAUCCACAUCCCCAGCAUCAUCCAUCCAGCUCCCUGGCCCAGCAGAGCUCCGUCGGCUAUUCGAGCGCUUGGGCGCGACGUACAUAAAGCUGGGGCAGUUCAUAGCGUCCGCGCCCUCGCUCUUCCCACCGGAGUAUGUCACCGAGUUCCAGACGUGCCUCGACAAGACACCGCCCGUGCCGUUCGCCACGGUCAAGGGGAUUAUCGAGAGGGAGCUGAAGCGCCCGCUUGGAGACGUGUAUGAAUUCGUGGACCCCACGCCGCUUGCUUCGGCCUCCAUCGCUCAGGUGCAUGCAGCGAGGCUAAAGGGCAGUGGCGCGGAGGUGGUGGUGAAGGUGGUGAAGCCAGGAGUGGAGGACACGCUCACCACGGACCUCAACUUCGUCUACGUCUGUGCUCGCGUCCUCGAGUUCCUCAACCCUUCCAUUGAACGCACCUCCCUUGUGGGCAUAGUGCAGGACAUCCGCGCGUCCAUGAUGGAGGAGGUGGACAUGGGCAAGGAGGCGCGCAACCUCGCUGCCUUCUCCGCCUACCUCGACUCCUCGCCCUCGCUGCGUGCGCUCGCCACGUGCCCGCGCGUGUACACACACGCGUCCUCCACGCGUGUGCUCACAAUGGAGAGAGUGAGGGGGGUGCCGCUCACGGACCUAGACGCGCUCAAGGGCAUCGUGCCGAAUCCUGAGGCGACUCUUAUUGCUGCUCUCAACGUGUGGUUCGGCAGUCUGUUUGCGUGUGACACCUUCCAUGCGGACGUGCAUGCGGGCAACCUCCUUGUGCGCAAUGACGGCCGUGUUGCCUUCAUUGACUUCGGCAUCGUGGGGCGGGUAUCCCCAGACACAUGGGCAUCCCUAGCAGCAUUCCUCGCGUCCAUAGGUUCGGGCGAUUACACCACCAUGGCCACGGCGCUCAUAGGCAUGGGCGCCACUGCUGACGGCCGCACCAUCGACACACGCGCCUUUGCCAACGACCUGCGACAGUUAUUUGAGGCUGUGGAGGACUUGGAUCCGCAGGUGAUAGUGACGUCCACACAGCAGCCGCCGGCGAUGGGGCGAGGCAUGCCAGGGGGUGGUGCAGGCAGUGCCACGGCGACCGUGUCUGCUGCGGUGGCUGUGGAUGAGCAGCAGAUCAACACCCUGCUGCUGCAACUUGUGAGAGUGAGUGAAGGAUAUGGCCUCCGCUUUCCCAGGGAAUUCGGGCUGCUGCUGAAGCAGCUGCUCUACUUUGACCGCUACACGCGCCUCCUCGCUCCCUCUCUUAACGUGCUGGACGAUGCCCGUGUCAGCAUCAGACCCCCGCCCAAUUCUUCCUCCGGGCGUGGGGGACCCGGAGGAAUGGGGGGGGGUUCUUCCUACCCAGGCUAUGGGCGUCCGGCGUUUUAA